AGCUGGGUCGGUAACGGCAGAUUCCGGUAAACUAAACAUGAUUUAACGUAUUAACGGGUGUUAACGGGUGAGUGUGUGUUAACAUGGAGCCGGCACACAAAGAGCUGCUGCGGAAACACCUGCUGGAGCUGUCCGGGCAGAUACAGGUCAGCGACACCAUCGUUCCGUUUCUGUUCCAGGAGAACAUCCUGACGGAGGCGCAGGUGCAGCUGAUCCAGUCUCUGCAGACAGAAACACAGAAGAGCAUGAAGCUGCUGCAGCUGCUGCCUGAUCGGGGGCCCCGGGCCUUUCCCGCCCUGCUGAGGGCCCUGGAUGACUACAGCUGGGUCCGAGACAAGCUGCUGCUGGAGCUGCAGGACUCACCUGGGCACGAGACAGGUCUGUGGUCUCCUCCAGACUCGGUCCUGCAGCAGGUUCCUUCAGACCGGGUUUUGUCCCGCUUGGCGUCUCGUCUCGGUUCGGAGGCCGAGGCGGUUCUGCUGGAUCUGGGUCUGACAGCAGAGUCCUGGUUCCGGUGUCGGUCCGAUAAUUCGCUGAGCGCUCACGGAGCCACGCUCGCCGCUCUGUUGCUAUGGAGACGAGCCGAAGGGAGGAAAGCCUCGGUCCAGAGACUCCUGCAGAGUCUGGAGGCUGCUGGAGUCCACCGGUCCGUCCUGAAGGAGGUUCAGGAUCGGGACUGA